UCAAACGCGAACGAAAUGCCAGAGCGCAAACUUGUCGGUCUGGUUUGGCUCACCUGCCUGGUGGUGACUACUUUAGGUGCCCAAUCGGACGUCGAUUGGUGGGAGAAUGCGGCUCUAUAUCAGAUCUAUCCCAGAUCCUUUCAGGACAGCAAUGGCGAUGGCAUUGGUGAUCUCAAGGGUAUAACGACUCGCCUGACGUAUCUCAAGGAAAUCGGCAUAACGGCCACGUGGUUGUCGCCUAUCUUUACAUCACCAAUGUCCGAUUUUGGUUAUGAUAUAUCCAAUUUCUAUGAUAUAGAUCCCAUUUUUGGUACAUUGGCGGAUUUCGAUGACCUAAUUGCAAAAGCCAAGGAAUUGAAAUUGAAAAUCAUUUUGGACUUUGUGCCCAAUCAUUCGAGUGAUGAGUGUGAAUGGUUUGACAAGUCUGUGAAUCGUUUGGAGGGUUACGAUGACUUCUAUGUGUGGGAUGAUGGCAAAGUUAAUGCAGAGACGGGUGAAAGGGAACCGCCCAGCAAUUGGAUCAGUGUGUUUGGUGGUCCCCAGUGGACUUGGCAUGAGACACGGCAGCAAUAUUUCCUGCAUCAGUUCCAAGUAAAGCAACCGGACCUAAAUUUCAGCAAUCCCAUGGUUAAAGAGCACAUGCUGGAUGUUUUAAAGUUCUGGCUGGAUCGUGGUGUAGACGGUUUCCGCAUCGAUGCAGUGCCCCAUAUCUAUGAGUAUCGCUACGCAAAUGGAUCCUAUCCCGACGAACCAGUCAGUGGCUGGAGUAGUGAUCCGGGUGCCUAUGAAUACCACGAUCAUAUCUACACCAAAGAUCAACCGGCAACUGUGGAGCUAAUGUACGAAUGGCAUGAGUUUCUCGAGCAAUAUCAAGCGGAGAAUGGAGGCGAUACUAGAGUCCUGCUGGCUGAGGCAUAUUCCUCUGUGGAAACUCUUAGCGCAUAUUACGGAAACGGCACUCGAUUUGGCACCCAACUCCCAAUGAAUUUCCAGCUAAUGUAUUUAAGCGGUUAUUCCACGGCCAAGGAUGUGGUUGGCUCUAUUGAUUACUGGAUGGACACUAUGUGGACGACUCAUCAAACAGCCAACUGGGUGGUGGGUAAUCACGAUACACAAAGAGUAGCUGAUCGCAUGGGAGCCCACAAAGUGGAUUUGCUGAAUGUGAUAGUUAGUGCCCUUCCAGGAGCCUCUGUAACAUACUACGGCGAGGAGAUUGGCAUGUCCAAUGUGGAUAUUGAGUGCACUGGCGACUCAUGCGAAGAUCGAGAUGGUGAACGCACUCCCAUGCAAUGGAGUCCGGGAGUGAAUGCCGAGUUCUCCACCGGUGAAAGCACUUGGUUACCUGUUAAUCCCGAUUAUGAGCGCAUCAAUGUCCAAACCGAAAGAGGUGUAGCCCGCUCCUCUUUGCAAAUUUUCAAGGGUAUGCAAAAGUUGAAAUCUUCUUCAGCUUUUCUGUCCUUUAAAAAGGCGGGCGGUUUUUCCUACGAGGCAGUGAACGAACAAGUUUUGCAAAUUAUAAGGACCAACAAAAUUAAUGAGGAAUAUCGCAUAUUGAUAAAUAUGGGCAACAAUAUGGAAGUCCUCGAAGGUCUUUCAGAUAAGACAUAUGAAUAUAUUCUAACUACUGCCUAUUCAACGCAUUAUCCAGGGCAAACUGUGGAUCUGGGUGAACGCAUUGUCCUGAUGCCUUUUGAGGCCAUUGUAUUACGCUGGCUAGCUUAAUUGGGCAAUAAAUUUAAUUUUAUUUUAAAUGAA